AGGUUAGGUGAGGCUGCACAGAGAUACUCUUCACUCAUCUAGCAACUAAGACAAAGAGGGGGAACAACCAGAUUAGCCGUAAACGGGGGCAUUGCUCUUUCUCCCCCUGUCUCUUUCCUCUUUCUCUCCCUUAUUUUGCUCCCUGGAAAAGCCAGCAUGUCUGCAAAAGGUUUGAAGGGACCAGACAGUAGACCAUCCUCUGCUGCCAGCAUGUCUCCACGAGGAGGGAAGGGAGGACCGGCUGGUAGAGCGCCUGCUGCUGGGAAAUUCAAGAACAAGGCCCUUCAGCUCAGCCUCUCACAAAAAUUCUGCUCAAAGUCAGACUCCCGGAAGUCGGCCCAGAAGGACUCCGAAGAGGAGGAGGAGGGUCAACCGCGUGGUAAAAGGAGCCUCAGCCACAGCUCAGCAGUAGCCGCUGCCUAUGUCUCCUACCUCAAUAAAUUGUUUGGACAGGAUAGAGAACUUGAUCAGGAGGAGUUGGAUGAACUUCAGGUUGCCUUUAAGGAAUUUGACUACGAUGCGGAUGGCUUCAUCCAUUACAAAGACAUUGCAGACUGCAUGAGGACCAUGGGCUACAUGCCCACAGAGAUGGAGCUCAUCGAGAUCAUCCAGCAAAUCAAGAUGAAAUGGGGUGGUCAUGUGGACUUUGAUGAUUUCUGUGAGCUGAUGGGUCCAAGGAUGCUGUCUGAGACGGCUCAUAUGAUUGGGCUGAAGGAGCUCCGGUCUGCCUUCAAACAGUUUGAUUCUGACGGUGACGGAAAAAUCACUUUAGAUGAGCUGAAAGAGGCCAUGAAGUCCCUCCUAGGGGAGAAGCUGAAGAAAGGGGAGCUGGAGGAGAUCCUUGGUGACAUUGACCUCAACAAGGAUGGCACCAUCGACUUUGAUGAAUUUGUUAUGAUGCUGUCUGCACGGUGACCUCUGAUGCAAGAAUGACGGGGCAUGCAGGGCUGGACAUGUGGGUUUCACACCAUGAUCCACCACCGCCGUCUCCCUCCUGUUGCUGUAGCUCCUAAUCCUGUAAUGCAGUGUGUUUAAAAUGCCUGAUUGUAAAAUAAGAAAAGAGUCAAAUAGAGCUGUUUAUAUUUUCAUAAUAAAAGUUGAGGUUGAGUAACUGCA